GUUGUCUCGUCGCCUACUCCCGUUCAACAACUGAUAGCUAAAUUCGGUCAAUUCUGGGCAUAGGACGUAGAUAGACUGUGUACAGUAGUUUCUAGUUGUUACUUGUUGUUAUAGUUGUUGCUUUCAUUUGUCAACAGCGAAAAUAACAAUAUUUUAAUAAUAUUAAUAUAUCCAUGCAAUAAUAUCGCGUUGAUUGCGUAGUACCUACGUGUUUUUGUUUAUUCAUUUUUCGUCGUGCGUGUCAAGAUAUUGUUUUUCAAUAACGACGGGUUGAUCGUCUAGAAGAACAGUUUAUUUGUUCAGAUGACUUGAGACGCUCACACGCCGCUGACAAUGUUUGUAUUAAAAAUAAUUGUCAUCACGUCGGCAAUACUCAACAUCGGUUCACCGGCAGUAAACUGUGGGUCUGACCCAGUAUUUGAGUUUCAGUGUCUAACCCCUGAGUGUGACAGUGCAAUAGUGAAUGAUAAACUCUCAGUGGGAAUACGUCUUAUUAAGCCAAGACAUAAUGUCACCAUUCUUGGUCAAAAUGAUGACAUGUAUUUGGUCAAAAGCUUAAAGGGUAAGAUAUCAAAAAUCUAUAGAAACCAAGUUAGAAUAUUUCAUUUAGCUAACCCUGAACAUUGGAAGUUUAAAGUAAAUGUUUUCAAAAAAAAUUUUGAAAUAUGCGAAUCAAAUAAUCAAGAUAAUGAAGAAAAAGACGAUUCCAGUAUAUCUCAUAUUAGUACAAAUACGGAUGAAAACAUUUUUGAGAUAAGUGAUGGAAAUGAUACUUCAGAAGUUCUUCAAGAUGUAAGCAAUGAAGAUACUGAACAAUAUGAUGAUAAAUUAAAAAACGAAACAGAUUUGUUUCCUUCAGAUUAUGAUAAUGAUAUAGACGAAAGUAUAGAAAUUGAAAGUGAAGAUGAAUCAGAUCUAGAUGAUAAUAUAGUUAUAAAACCAUCAAAAAUUGAUAGUGAUGUUGCAACCCAUUCAGUUGAUAAAAUUUUAUCUACAAACAGUGUCCAGCUUUUAAAUUCUGAUCCUGUUGAUUCUGACAAAAAUAAUAAAGCUAAAACUAUAAGCCAACAAAAUAUCCAUACUUCAACUAGUGAUCAACAAUUAGAAAACAAUUUUUCAACAAAAUGUUCUUUAGAUUCUUGUGUAAACGGAGUCAAAGAAAAUAUUGUUACUGAAAAUUCAAGAAGUAAAAUUUCUCCAGUGAGUACAUACGAUUCUCUUCAACAAAUAAAUGAUAACAUUCAAAUAACACAGCAAUCAACAAAUUUAGAUAAGACAGAUAAUUCAAUAAAUGAAUCAACUAAUAAUUUGUCACCAAAAAACAUUAAUUCAGAAGUUAGCUUACAAGAUGAUAAAAAUAAUGGUACUGAAGAGUCUAUUUUGAAUAAUUCAUAUCAACAAGAAAUUAAACACGUAAAAACUACUCAAGAACCCUCGCAUUUAGAUAGGACGGAUAAUUGGGUAAAAAAAUCAGUCAAUAUGUCACCACAAAUCUCUAAUACAGAUAUUAAUUUACAGGACAAUAAUAAUGGCACUAAUAUGAACAGUCAAUUGCAACAAAAAAGUAAACCUAUACAGACUACUCAACAAUUACCAAGUGAAGCGGAAAAAAUAAAUGUCUCUAUAAAAAAACCAGUUAGUAUUAAUACAGCGCCACAAGACUCCAAUGUGGUAGUUAAUUUAAAAGAAAAUAAUAAUGGUACUAAAGAGUUGAAUGUGAAUAGUUCUUAUCAAGCAAAAAGUGAUGAAGUAGAAACUGUCCAAGAAUUACCAAGCUUGGAGGCAAAAACAAAUGUUUUGAUAAAGGAAUCAGUUAGUGGUGUAGGGUCACAAAAUUCCAAGACAGUUGUAGUUGAUAAUGAUAGUACAGGACAGUUAAAUUUAUCCCAGCAAGAAUAUACAAAUAGUGAUUCUUUACCAGCCAUUACUGAAGCAGACAAUCAACAGGUUAACAACAAUUAUAAACAACCACCUUUAUUAGAAAAAGAAAAGGUAGAAAUAAAUAAUGAAAGUGAAAUUUCAAAUGAUAAUGUUAUGCCUAUUGAAGACAAUUUAAAAGAUAAAAUUAUAUAUCAGUCAGUAGUUAGUGAAUCUAAAGAUGAUAUACCUGUAUUAUCAAAUGAUCACAAAGAAUCUAAAUCUCAAAACAUUCAAAAGGAUAAUUUACCUAAUGUUGAAUCUAAUAAAUCAAAUAAUGAUUCAGCUGAUGCUAAUACAACAAAUUCAUCUCCACUGCAAGAAUUAAUUAAUACAACUAAAAUUGUGACAUCUAAUGAUUAUCAUAAAACAGUUGUUAAUGAAAUGGAUGUAACAGAAGUGUUAAAUAAAAAAUCAAUUGAUCAGUGUACAUCAGCUGAAUGUUUGCAAUCAGUAGACAAUACCCCAAACUAUGAUUAUGAAAUUAUGAAACAUCAAUAUAAUACUGAAAACAAGGAAUUGCCCUAUGAAAAUAUCCAUAAAACUAUAGACUAUAAUAAUAAUGAGCAGUUGAAAGAAUUUGUACCUAAAAGUUUUGUUGCCUCUUUUGGUCAUCCGGAUACUUGCAGUGGAGUUAAUUGUCUUAAUUUUAAAAGAAAUGUAGAAAAAAUAGUUAAGUCUCCACAGCCUUUAAAUCCAAUUCCCAAAAAUCUACAAUCUGAUGAAAUUUCACACUCGUCUAAUAUUGAUUAUGAAAAAGAAAUAGUAAAGGAAAAUAUAAUUAAUGAAAUAACUGAGCAAUCUGUAGUGGAAUUGAGUCUCUUAGAUCAUUUUCAUAAUUGGUUAUCUUCUCCUACGAUGAUUACAAUUGAUUUUGUUUGGAAUAUCUUCAGUGAUAAUUCUAGUGAAUACAAUGAUGUAUAUCCUGAUGCUGUUGAAAGCCAAAAAACGUUAGAACAUAAUAAGAGUAUCAAGCAUUCAGAAUUGUAUUUUAUUGUUGUGGCUGUAGUCACAUUACUAUUUUCACUAAUUUAUUACAAAUAUCAAAACGGAACAUACGAAAAUCAUUUGUUAACAUUACUAGCAGCUAAAGAUCAGAAUUUGUUAAUUAUUGAAAAAGAAUUACUAUUAUUAAAAGAACUAAACACUGGAAAUACACAAUCAACAACAGAAAGAAAUUCUGAAAUUGAAUCUUUGAGUGAUCAUUUGACUAAAUCAGAGGAUAUUAUAUCAUCUCAAGCCAUACGAAUUGAAAAUCUUGAACAAGAAAUUGUAGAAUUAACUGAAAAUGGUAUGGAAAUGCAUACAUUAUUAUCUUCUGCAUUAGAAUCUAGUACACAAAAAAAAGAACAAAUAAACACUUUGAAAGUCAAAUUGGUUGAUUCAGAAAAUUUGAUAGCAGCUCUUACAAAAAAAAAUUUUGAAAAAUCUACAGAACUAGAAAAACGAAUUGACAGUGGAAAAGCUCUUUCAAUUACUGUAGAAGAGUUGACUAAUAAGAAUAAUAGUUUGGCUGAAGACAAAGCCAAACUAUCUUUACAAUUAGAAGAAGUUAUAACUAAAAAUAUAGUAAAAGAAUCAAAACUACAAUCUGAAUUAAAUAAUUUACAAUUUGAAUUGGACAAGCAGACUCAUGAUUUAAUGACUGCUAAAAAUGAAGCUUUAUUGUCUAAGGAAGCUUUACAAGAAAUUAUGUCUCAGAAAUUUAAUCCAGCGGAUAGCAAACAGUUUUCAUCUUCAAUUAAAUUAUCUGCUGAACUCAAAUCAGCAAAACAAAUAUCUGAAGGAUACAAACACAAAUUGAAUGAGGCUUUAAAAUCAAAUCAACAGUUUUUAGAUCAUAUAGAGGUUUUGAAAAGCGAUAUAGUGAAUUUAGAAAAUAACUGUUCAAAAUUAGAAACAAUGAAUGAAGAAUCUGUAAACAAAUUGAAUAUUUUAACAAAGUUUUUUAAAGAACAAGAACAGGAGUACCUUAAACAAAUUAAUGAGAAAGCAGUGUUAUGUGAUGAUAGAGAAGGAGAAUCUAGCGAUCUUAAUGAACGUAUUAAAUCGCUUAACCAAGAAAUUUUCAAUUAUAAAUCAGAAAUUCAAUCAUUGAAGAAAGAAAUAACUGAUCAAGAAACUAGUUUCAAAAUUCAAAUAUCAGCGGCAGAUAAAAAAGCCAGUGAUUAUUGGAUAUCAUUCAGACAAGCUGAGAGGAAACUUAAAGAAAUGGAACUCGAAACUGCACAACUUAGAAAUAAGUUGACCAUGGUUGACAAAAAACUUGAAAAUGGUGCAAAAAGCAUAGAUUCGUCCAAAGAUUUUGAAGAUGAACUGUUGGACAUACCAUUGCCAACUGUGUCUCCUGAUUUCACAUUACUUACAUUACUUGAUUUUGAGCCACCUCCUCCAAUUUUAACUAACCAACGGUUACCUCCACUUGGCGCUCUGGGCCAAGCUCCUAGUCCACCUGCUCCUUUAUCUAGGAGGCACAAUCGAUCGCUAUCACCUGAUUCUCCGACAUCUUUACAAAGGUCUUCCGCAUUUCGUCCAUUAGCUCAAAGAUAUAACUAUAUGAAUCGAGAAAAUUCAUUGGGUCAUUCGGAUGAAUCACUUGACAAAUAAUUAUAUUUUGCACACAUUGUUACUAUUAUGAUAUGCAAAUCUCUGAAAUUAUUUUCAGAAUUAUAGUUUUUGUUAAGAUUAAACGGUUAAUUAAUUAUUA